CCGCUAUCUCUCUAUCAUUCGCACACGUGCAUUGCAUUCCCCCUGCGCUAUCGCUAUUGCAGAAGGUAACUUCUCUGGCAUAGCGAAUCAAGCAUGCAGCGCACAUAUACCUUCCGUUGAGAGCUCGGCCGCCGACAUGAUCAUAUACCAGAAGCGAUGUUAUCGCGAUGAUCCACGGGCACAACCUCUUUGAGGCGGCUAAGGGUCUAUAUAAGAAGAGUAAGCUCCAGCCAAGAAAGUCAAGCUUUGAUCUACAGCAUCCUUCAUGGCUUCUACCGUCUCUUCUCUGAUCGCCCUCGGCUCCCUUGUCGGCUCGGCCGUUGCUGCCGCGUCGGCAUGUUCGGCAUCUGCACCGCUUAGCUGCUCGAGCACAACCAGUUCGAACACAUGCUGCACCGAGUCCCAGGGACAGGUCUUGCAGGUUCAGUUCUGGGACUCCAGCCCUGCUACCGGUCCGGCCAACUCCUGGACCAUUCACGGCUUGUGGCCUGAUAACUGCGACGGCACGUUCAAGUCGUCGUGUGACAGCUCAAGAGCAUACACCGACAUCAGCUGCACGCUCGCGGACAGGGGAGCUACUGACAUGCUCGAGUACAUGGAGACCUAUUGGAAGGACUUCCAGGGCAAUGACGAAUCAUUCUGGGAGCAUGAGUGGAGCAAACAUGGAACUUGUUACUCGACACUCGAACCGAGCUGCUACACCAACUACAAUGCUGAGGACGAACUGAUCGACUUCCUGAACACCACCAUCACCCUGUUCAAAGAUCUGCCCACCUACCAGUGGCUCUCCAACGCCGGCAUCACCCCCAGCUCCAGCAAAACAUACACCAACGCCGCCAUCACCAGCGCCCUCAAGGCCAAGACCGGCGCCACCCCGAUUCUGACCUGCACAAGUGGCGAGCUCAGCCAGGUCCAGUAUGCGUUCAACGUCCGCGGCAGUGUUGCUAAUGGCAACUUCGUCCCUGUGGAGCCCACCGGCACCUCUGGAAACUGCCCGAAGACGGGUAUCAAGUACCUGCCCAAGGAUCUUAGCACCACUCCCAGUGCCGAUGAGGGUAGCUGCGGUUGAGAAGUGUGAUGGGAGAGGGAUAGGAAUGGUUGUUCAAGAUGCUGCAACAUAGUCGAUGCGAUGCUAGCCUAUUCAUUAUGUCCCGUUGACUCGCUUCUUUAUAUCGUGCUUACGUUCCAGUGCGUUGUCACAGCAAUGAUCUCGUGUUGCCGAGUAUGGCUCAUAAUCUUGCGUGCACUAACGUGGUCCACCACCGAGCGAAUCACCCCACCGAGCGAAUCACUCUGCCAAGACCAC